AUGGACAGCCAGCAUGAAGUAGCAAGGCAUUAUGCCAUCCUUAUCGGUAUUGAUGCUUAUCCUUGCGGGUCCUUGAGCAGUUGCGUACGAGAUGUAACAAAGAUCAAGCAAUGCCUCGAAGAUAAACUGAGUUCGGUUCAUGUCCGAACAUUGACAGCAAGCAAGAGUCUUGAUCCGCGGACACUGGCAGUUAUUCCACUGGAAACCCCAGAGAACUGGCCAACAUAUCGCAAUGUGACCUCGGCUUUUGAAGAAAUUACAUCUCAGGCAGAGCCAGGAGAUUUCGUUUACAUUCAUUACUCAGGACACGGCACCAGACUGACUCCGUGCUUUGACUUCUCGAACCAGUCCACCGGAGAUUUGGCACUGGUUCUUCUCAAAGGAGAUCAAAGUCCUGAGAUUUAUCUUCGCGGACCGCGACUGGCCCGCUUCGUCAAAGACAUGGUUGAUAAGAAAUUGAUAGUCACUCUUGUUCUGGACUGCUGUUUCUCUGCGACCGUAUACCGCAAUGGUGGAACCAGUCUCCGAUAUCUCCCAUACGACCUCGCGACAGCCUCAGCAUUUUCCGAGUCACCAGAUCACGAGAUUAGCUUCACGGGUAGAGAUACUUGUUCUGAGAAGCGCAACAUAUCUAUGCGCGAUAACUGGUUGCUUGAACCAGAUCGCUAUGCCAUUCUCGCCGCUUGUGGGCCUGACGAGAAAGCCAAGGGGGUUCCGAAAAAGGGUUAA